AUGGCACCUAUCGGCACCUUCUACGGUGCACCCACCCAACGUCAGUCCGUGAUUGUCCGCUCCGUCGCAGCGAUAACGGGUCAGGAGCUCAUCAUACCCGAAUUCAAAAUGGGCGUGACGAACAAGGCACCCGAGUUCCUCGCGCGCUUCCCGGCUGGCAAGAUCCCCGCGUUCGAGGAUUCUGACGGCUUUCUGCUCACGGAGGGCGCCACCAUCGCCCAUUACCUUGCCUCGCUGAAGCCCGAGAGUGGGCUCAUAGGCCGAGACGUGAAGGAAGAAGCGGCUAUCGGCCAGUGGGUACACUUCGCCGAAACGGACAUUCAGCCAAACAUUGAGACGAUUUACUACUUCAUCGUUGGGUAUGCCAGCGGGUACUCACCCGAGUUUUCGCAAUGGUUGUAUAACCGCGCCAUAAUUGCGCUAAACCAGGUCGAGAAAUAUCUUAGCGAUGGAGGGCGCGAGUACCUUGUCGGCGGGCGCCUCACGGUCGCAGAUUUGACGGUGGCCGCCGUCGUCCAGUUUGCUUUGCGAGUGAUUCUUGGGAAAGCGGAGCGGGAGGCGCUUCCGCGCACGAUAGCACAUCUCGAGCGUAUCGUUGGCGAUGCCCGUCUCAAGGGCGAGUUUCCGCCUCAGGAGUACCUGGAAGUGAGGCUCGACGGGAGCCCGCUGAAGAAGGACUAG